AUGAAGUUAAUAAUUAUAAUUGUUACUUUUGUUUGUGUAACGGUGAAGUGUAAUGCUAUUAGUUUGGACUACUAUUAUGCCGCUUCCGACUUCUAUAGGCCGGGUAAUGGUUCUGAAGAAGAUUCAAAACAGGUCCUUACAUUUGUAGAACCGGCUAAAGUACGAAUAAGUGUAUUUUACGAAGUUUUUUGUCCACACUGCCGAUCAUUCGUCACAGAAACAUUCAGCCCAGUUUUAGAAAAACUAGGAAGAUAUCUCGAUAUAUAUACUUAUCCCUAUGGUAAUGCUAAUACAGUUAAAAAGAAUAACAAAAUCUAUUUCACUUGCCAACAUGGACCUACUGAAUGCUACGGGAACAAGUUACAUGCAUGUGCGCUGGAUAUUGUAAAGUCCAAUACCAAUGCUUUGAAGUAUAAUAUUUGCAUGAUGAAGUAUUCCAACAGCAAUCAAGGUUCUGACGAUAACGCUGCUGACAAGGAGAUUGAGAAGCCCACGAAAUUAAACAUAAAAUAUUAUUAUGAAACCCAUUGCCCGUACUGUAGGAAUUUCGAAACAGAUCAUUUUAGAGAAAUUAUUGAAAAGCUACAUCACUACUUGGACAUUCAAACUUAUCCAUAUGGAAAUGUUAACAGAUUACAUCUCCCAAAUAAUACAUUUGAAUAUGUGUGUCAACAUGGGCCUGAUGAAUGUUAUGGUAAUAAAUUGCACGCCUGUGCUUUAGAUUUAAUUAAAAACCAUACGGCUGCUCUCCUGUUUAACAAUUGUAUGAUGGACGAAUCACAAGAAAACAAGGGUUCUGAUGAUAAAGCUGCUGACAAGUGUGCCUCUAACAUGGGAUACGAUUCAAAUGGAAUAAAAGAAUGUGCCCUAGGUGAAAAAGGCAGUGAACUUUUUAAUUACUACGGAGAGGAAACAAGUAAAGCAAAAAUCCGUGGUGUACCAAAUAUAUGGAUAAAUGGGUCAAAAUAUAUAAGAAGUGACGACGUUAUGGAAGAUAUUUGUGAAUAUUUUGUGAACCCUAUACCACCUUGUGAAAAUAAAAGUAGCACGGAAAAUGCUUAA